AUGUCUAGAUUGACCGAAGAAGCGGAAUGGACCGAACAGGCGAAAUGGUGUAAAGGAGGUUGGGUAAUCAUGUUCCUUCUUAUUAGUCCAUACAUUACAAUGCCUCACUUUUACGUUUUAUUCAACAAUCGAAUUUUCGGACUACUACUGGUGUUAUUUUCUAACUACUUUAUAUCAUUGCCAUUGCUCAGAUUUGCCAUAAUUCAGGGUCAACUUAAACAAGGGACUGUUAUUGUAAGCCUUUCACGCAGCAUCACCGUGAUCUAUGCAGACUUUGCUGUAUAG